UGGCAGGCCGGUGGUGAGCACCGCCGGUCGGCGCCGAGCCGUCGCUGACGUCAGCGGAGCCCGGGCUCGAGCCGGGGUCCCGGCAUCCCCGACCUUCCGCCACCGCCGUCUGCGGCACGCUCGCCACACGGCUCUGACACGUCAGGAUCUACACUAAUCCUCCGCCCUUCGAACGUGCCAAAUAUAACGUCUAAAUAACUCACAAAUAGACUGAAUUUCAAAAUAACAUAAAUAUCUAAUCACCUGUAACAUACUUUUAAAUAUUCCAGUUUUUAUAUUUGUUAUUAUUCCUACAUAAUUUCGUGACGCACAGCAAAUGUGUGGGUUUCAUUCAUGUAACCCCGGAGAGUUAGCGAUUGAUCUGCACUUGGCAACAACGGUGGCGGCGGUCGCGAACGGUCCUUAGUUCUUAGCUAACGCUCGGUGGAUUAAUUGAUAAAAUGUUGGGAUUGAAUACGGAAAAUAGUCGUGGAUUCAUUUAGUCAAAGGAGUGUGGUGGGUAGCGAGCGACGCGCCGCGCCCAUGCCCCUAAGUCUGGUUGGCGGCAGCGCAGGAGGCGGCGGGCGCGCAGGCUCGCGCGGCGCCAGCUGAUACCAUGGGCGGCGCGCACCAGCCCGCAACUCCGGGGCCCAGCUCGCUGUUUAUAUUUUCCGACGAAAAUCUUAUUCGGAGAACAACAAAAUUUAUUAUCGAGUGGCCGCCUUUCGAGUACGCGGUGCUACUUACCAUCAUCGCCAACUGCGUGGUGCUGGCGCUGGAGGAGCAUCUGCCCAACGGCGAUAAGACCAUCUUAGCACAGAACCUGGAAAAGACCGAGACGAUCUUUUUAGGCAUAUUUUGUGUAGAAGCAUCGUUGAAAAUUUUAGCCUUAGGUUUUGUUUUACAUAAGGGAUCUUAUCUUAGGAACAUUUGGAACAUCAUGGAUUUUUUUGUUGUGCUAACGGGUAUCAUCACGCAGACGCCGAUGGUGCCCGAAGUCGACUUCAGGACCUUGCGUGCCAUUAGGGUGCUGAGGCCCCUUAAAUUAGUAUCGGGCAUUCCUAGUCUGCAAGUGGUCCUGAAAUCCAUAAUAAAGGCGAUGGCCCCGUUGCUGCAGAUAGGCCUGUUGGUGCUUUUCGCGAUUGUUAUCUUUGCCAUCAUCGGCCUCGAGUUCUACUCGGGCGCGCUGCAUAAGACUUGUUAUAGUUUAGAAGAUAUUAGUCAAAUAGCAAAUGAAGGUGACAGUGCAACACCGUGUAAUGCUGAUAACCAAACACUAGCUCCGUACGGGGCGAACGUUUGCAGAGAUGACAUCAGCACGUGUUUAGAGAAAUGGGAAGGGCCAAACAGGGGCAUCACGUCUUUCGAUAAUAUCGGCUUCGCAAUGCUCACUGUCUUCCAGUGCAUCACCAUGGAGGGCUGGACCGCCAUUCUCUAUUGGACAAACGACGCGCUGGGUUGUGCGUUCAACUGGAUUUACUUUGUGCCUCUAAUAGUAUUGGGUUCAUUCUUUAUGCUCAAUUUAGUUCUUGGUGUCCUUAGCGGUGAAUUUGCUAAAGAAAGAGAAAAAGUCGAAAAUAGACAAGAAUUUCUUAAGCUACGAAGGCAGCAACAACUUGAGAAAGAGCUCAACGGUUAUGUUGAGUGGAUAUGUAAAGCUGAGGAAGUUAUAUUAGCGGAAGAAAGAACAACAGAAGAAGAAAGAAUGCAUAUAAUAGAAGCACGGAGAAGAGCAGCUGCCAAAAAGAAAUUAAAAAAUUUAGGGAAAAGUAAAAGCACUGACACAGAGGAAGAAGAACAAGACGAGGAAUGCGGGGACGACGUUCCAAAGAAAAAGCAAGGUUUUCUGAAAGGAAAAUCGAGGUCGCCUGGCAAAUGCGCAGAUUUCUGGCGUGCUGAGAAGAGGUUUCGGUUUUGGAUUAGGCAUACGGUGAAAACCCAGUGGUUUUAUUGGUCGGUCAUCGUAUUGGUGCUCUUCAACACGAUAUGUGUCGCCGUCGAGCACUAUAAUCAGCCUGAAUGGCUUACUUCAUUUUUAUAUUAUGCAGAGUAUGUAUUUCUUGGUUUGUUUAUGAUGGAAAUGAUAGUUAAAAUGUACGCACUGGGUCCACGAAUUUACUUCGAAUCUUCUUUCAACCGUUUCGACUGCGUUGUCAUUUCCGGCUCAAUCUUCGAGGUUGUGUGGUCGGAAGUGAAGGGCGGUUCCUUUGGUCUUUCUGUCUUGAGAGCUCUAAGACUGCUGAGGAUAUUCAAGGUCACAAAGUAUUGGUCAUCAUUAAGGAACCUGGUGAUAUCUCUACUGAACUCAAUGAGGUCUAUCAUUUCGUUGCUGUUCCUGCUGUUCUUGUUCAUUCUUAUCUUCGCUCUACUCGGCAUGCAGCUCUUCGGAGGACAGUUCAACUUCGAGGAGGGCACGCCGGCGACCAACUUCAACACCUUUCCUAUUGCGUUGCUCACUGUCUUCCAGAUUCUCACAGGUGAAGAUUGGAACGAGGUUAUGUAUCACGGCAUCCAAUCUCAAGGAGGUAUUCAGAAGGGCAUGCUGUACUCAUUGUACUUUGUCGUUCUGGUCUUAUUCGGCAACUACACAUUGCUGAACGUGUUCCUUGCCAUCGCUGUCGACAACUUGGCUAAUGCCCAGGAACUGACAGCCGCCGAAGAGGAACAAGUCGAGGAAGACAAAGAGAAGCAGCAACAAGAAUUGGAGAAAGAGAUGGGUGCGUUACACGCGUUGGACGGGACUCCACCUGGAGUUGACUUAAGUCCGUCGUCGCCGGCGAGUAGGAAGAAUAAAAAGAAAGAAGAGGCCAAAAAAGAUGAAGAUGAAGAGAUACCAGACGGACCAAAACCAAUGCUGCCAUAUUCGUCCAUGUUUAUUUUAUCACCUACUAAUCCAAUAAGGAGAGGCGCACACUGGGUUGUAAAUUUAAGAUAUUUUGAUUUUUUUAUCAUGGUAGUUAUAUGUAUGAGCUCUGCAGCUUUAGCAGCCGAAGAUCCCGUACGCGAAAAAAGCAAAUGGAACGAAAUAUUAAAUUACUUCGAUUACGCGUUCACGGGCGUUUUCACUGUGGAGAUGCUGCUGAAGAUCAUCGAUCUUGGCAUCCUGUUCCACCCGGGCGCCUACCUCCGCGACCUCUGGAACAUCAUGGACGCCGCCGUCGUGAUCUGCGCCCUCGUCAGCUUUGGCUUCGAGAUCGGGGGCGUUAAAAGUGGCGCGGGUCAGAAUCUGUCGACGAUAAAGUCGUUGAGAGUGUUACGUGUGUUAAGACCGUUGAAAACUAUAAAACGUGUUCCAAAACUAAAAGCAGUGUUCGACUGUGUCGUGAACUCUUUGAAGAACGUCAUUAACAUUCUCAUUGUGUACAUAUUGUUUCAAUUCAUAUUCGCCGUAAUCGCGGUGCAACUUUUUAAUGGUAAAUUUUUUUUCUGCUCGGAUAUCAGUAAGAAUACGAAGACAGACUGCCAAGGGUCGUACUUCGUGUACGAGUCGAACAGCUUACUGCCGCGCAUCCACAGGCGGACGUGGACGACGCAGUCAUUCCACUACGACAACGUCGCCUCCGCCAUGCUGACGUUGUUUGCUGUACAGACGGGCGAAGGAUGGCCGCAAGUACUACAGAACUCGAUGGCCGCAACGUACGAAGAAAGGGGACCCAUACAAAAUUUUCGUAUAGAAAUGUCCAUAUUUUAUAUAGUUUACUUCGUGGUGUUUCCGUUCUUCUUCGUUAACAUAUUCGUAGCUCUGAUUAUUAUAACGUUUCAAGAGCAGGGCGAAGCGGAAUUGCAAGACGGCGAAAUCGACAAAAAUCAGAAAUCAUGUAUAGACUUCACGAUAGAAGCGAGACCUCUCGAAAGGUACAUGCCAAGUAAAAGAGCGAGUUUUAAGUACAAAGUUUGGAGAAUAGUCGUUUCCACGCCCUUCGAGUAUCUCAUCAUGACCCUCAUUGUCCUCAAUACGUUAUUGCUCAUGAUGAAGUACUAUCAUCAAAAUGACGACUACGCGGAUUUCCUCAAGUAUUCGAAUAUGGGGUUUACUGGAAUGUUUUCCGUGGAAACGGUGUUGAAAAUCAUCGCUUACGGUGUGAAAAAUUUUUUCAAAGACCCGUGGAAUACUUUUGACUUCAUCACGGUCAUUGGAAGUAUUAUUGACGCCUUAAUUAUGGAGUUUGGCGAGAACACUUUCAACGUCGGCUUCCUUCGCUUGUUUCGGGCCGCUCGACUGAUCAAGCUGCUCAGACAGGGUUACACCAUCCGGAUACUUCUCUGGACGUUCGUGCAGAGUUUCAAAGCCUUACCCUACGUGUGCCUUCUCAUCGCGAUGCUGUUUUUCAUUUACGCCAUCAUCGGAAUGCAGGUGUUUGGAAAUAUAGAAUUAACGCCCGAGCAAGACAUAAAUAGGCAUAAUAACUUUCAGAGCUUUAUUCAAGCCCUGAUGCUUCUGUUCAGGUGUGCCACAGGUGAAUCGUGGCCUAAUAUAAUGUUAGCGUGCCUCAAACCAGCCAAAUGUGACGGGCGCGCUGGCAAACCGCCACACGAAGCUUGCGGAAGCACCCUCGCUUAUGCAUACUUUGUAUCGUUCAUUUUCUUUUGUUCAUUUCUCAUGUUGAAUUUGUUCGUCGCCGUAAUUAUGGAUAACUUUGAUUAUCUAACGAGAGACUCGUCGAUUCUCGGCGCCCAUCAUCUCGACGAAUUCGUCAGGAUAUGGGCCGAGUACGAUCCAAACGCAACAGGGAAAAUUCAUUACACCGAAAUGUAUGAUAUGUUAAAAAACAUGGAUCCCCCGUUGGGGUUUGGAAACAAAUGCCCGAACAGACUUGCGUAUAAGAAGCUAAUUAGAAUGAAUAUGCCGCUAGAUGAAGAAGGAAAAGUUAACUUCACCACAACACUGUUUGCCUUAAUAAGAGAAAAUUUAAAUAUCAAGAUGAGAUCUGCUGAAGAAAUGGAUCAGGCAGACGAAGAACUCAGAGAAACAAUAACCCACAUAUGGCCAUUACAAUCGAAGAAGAUGCUCGACUUGCUGGUGCCUCGAAAUGAUGUCCUCAACCAAGGAAAACUAACAGUUGGAAAGAUCUAUGCUGGCCUUUUGAUUUUAGAGAGCUGGAGAUCAACUAGAUUUGGCCAGACAGAACCACGGGGUGACCAGGCAUACAACGAGAAUAGCCCUACGGCGAUUCAGCCGAAGGCGACCUUGUUUAACUGCCUGCUGAAUGUGGCCGCGGGCCUCGGGCCUGGUUCCCGGGCCGGCUCGCUCAGCCACGAAGGACCCGCAACCGAAGGCCACCCAGACCACACAUUAGCGAACCUCGCAAGGCGCAAUACAAGAAAAUCUUUCAAGAACAAUAAAAAGGUUUUGGAACUCCCAGGAUCACACCACGCGUCAAUGGAAUCAUUAGAUGAAGGAAGGCUACAAGCCCCGCAGACUUACCAGAACGGACACCACGGUAGAUCGUCCAGCUUAAGACGCACGCCAAGUCCAAGAAGAAGAGGGCAUUACGGAGGUUAUCAUCACGACAUUGGCUUCUCAGACACCGUUAGCAACGUCGUCGAGAUAGUCAAGCAUGAGCACCAGAGACACGGGCGAGCGCAUCGAGCACCUCAUCACUACUACCCACAUGGGAAGGAGUGGAGGGCGCCGCACCCCACGACCAGCCUGAGCCAGCCCUCGCGAUCGCCCAGCCCGCCACAUCACACCUACGUUUGGGCUCCGAUAGGUGGUGAGCGGGAGCGGGAACGAGACCGCGAGUGGCGGGAGUGGCGCGACCGGUCGUGGGAGCGCGAAGGCACCAGACGCGGUCGCGGCCGCCAGCUCCCGCCCACGCCCACCAAGCCGUCCACGCUACACGUCAAGCAGCAGCCACCAUUCACAAGAAUCAGCCACAGUCCUUCGCACUUAUCACUAAGGCACACGGUCAGAGAACCCGUGGAGCCCUUACAUGAUGAGUACGAAUACGGCAGAGAAGUUGAAAGACUGAUACACCGAGAUUAUAGAUCUAGAGAAAGACGCGUACGAACGUACGAGCCGGAGGUAACCGCGCGACCGUACGAGGCUCCGCUGAGCUACGAGGCGGCGCUGGCGAUGGGUCGCGGCGGAGGGGGCGGGGGUGGGGGGCGCGCGCUGCCGUCGCCGGCGCCGCGGCUGCCCAACGGGUACAAGCCGCGCGCACGCCACUCGGACUCGGACGAGGACGACUGGUGCUAGCGGCGCGGGCGCGCGCGCACUCACACUCCCGCGCCGCGCCGCACCACCUCCCCCACGACGUGUUAUACUGUUUACCCGACUUUUCGAAACUUUCGUUUGUAAUCCGCUAAACAUUUUACUCGUUGAUUUGUAUUAUCUACGGUUAAGGUGAUCUAAGUGUAAAACGGUGCCGGACGUUUCGUUUGCGCUAGGAUUUUUACGUAAAAUGUUAUUAGUAUGUAUUGUAAACUUUCUAUAUUACAUUUGCACUACGUGAGGGCUAUGUUUGCCGCCUGGUGAAACGAAGAGGGUCGCGCCGCCUCCGUUGCUACUCCGUGACCGAGCAAGUCGAACGCCGCAAGCGACGGACAAGCUGGUUUACAAUUUUAUAUCUUACGAUUUCGCAGAUAAGGUCUUAAAUGGUAAGCCAAGUGGUUCGGGGAAGCUGCGGAACGACACUAUUUAAUAAAAGUUAUUCAGGGCGUUACCACCACUGCGCCCCUGGGUCGUUGCGGCGAGACCUCAUUUGAAACCGUUUCAUGUUCAAAUGAAAGACGUUGAGAGAACACUAGAAAUUCAUCGUCAAACAAAUUAUUACUAGUAUUGUAUAAAUAUUUACAUAGAAAAUAAUUUUUACUUAGUUAAUAUCGUAUUAAAUAAAUAAUUACAUUUUUAUUGAAUUUGCUGUCCUUCCCCCAAGUGCUUUAUACCUACGUUAUUUAAAUUUAAAUACGAUUAUAUUAUAAUGGCGGAAUAUAUUAUUAUGUAAAUUUAAAAAUAUAUCUCUGCGUUAAACUAUACCCAAAUUGUUGAUUCGUGAAUUAUAUUUAUCGCUUAUAAGAUUUACGUGUCUGGUGCAAUGAUUUUCUUGGAUUAAAUUCUUAAAAUUCAUAUCAUUUCGUAACUAACUAAACAAAACUAACAUUUUCUGUUUCAAUUAAUAUUUUCUGUACUCGUAUCUAAUUUUCUUUGCACAAACAAAAAAAGUCGAGAUGUUUUAUAUCAAUUUUGUUGAAGAAUGAAUAUAAUUUUAUGAAAUCGAAUUAUAAAAAUCAAACCAAUCCAAGAGCAAAUCAUCACCAGGCAAAAGUUUUUUUUUUUUUGUACAAUCAACAACAGAAUUGGUUUUAGAUUUGUUUAGAAACUAAAGACGCUCUUUGCGUGUACGUACAUGUUAGAUUUGAUAUGAAUUUCAGAUUUUUAUAAAUUAUUAAUAUAAAUAAAUAUAAAAUGGUACAAAACCAAUUCUGUCGUAGUAUGUACCGUUCGAUAGUCCGAUGUAGUCCUUGUACCAUCACGAACAAAAAAUACAUUGUCAUAUAUUAGUCACUCGUUAGUGAACCUCUAUAAUGCGACUGUUGUACUUUAAGGGUUAGAUGUCGAAAGAAAUAAUUAUAUAUAUUGAACUAAUAUUACAGAAUAAGACGUACUUUGAUAUCAAAAAGUCAAAAUGAUUACAUGCAAAGCCUUUGACUUGUUUUUAUUACAAUUUAAAUGUUUGAAAAAAUCACUAUGACCAUUUACCGCGAGCUGUGCCUAAAAUAGAGAACUUUUUAAUGAAUCAUGAAGCAAUAAAGACAUAAAUUUUGAAGAAAUAAAUUAUGAUAAAUUUAUUAAAAAUAUAUUUACGCUCUAUAAUUUGCGUAAUUACUGUAGGGUAUCUUGUGA